AUGUGGCUGAUGUCCACGCGCAUCUUCCUGAAGGGAGAUUAUCCAGAGAGCAUGAGGAAAUACGUGAAGAAAGAGCAUCUUCCUGAAAUGGGUGCUGAUAAACAAAUAAUUCAAGGGACCUGUGAUUUCAUUGAGAGCCGCGUGAUGGAAGAUGGAGAAGAGAUUCCUAUUGGUCGCGAUCGGGGUGGUUCUGCUUGGCUCACUGCAUAUCCCAAAGGCAUGGAGCAUCUUUUGCUUCAUCUGAAACAGAAUAACAAUAAUCCUCUCAUCUAUAUCACUGAAAAUGGCAUUGAUGAUCAUGAUGAUAACUGUGGAAGACUUUGGAGCUCAUAUGUCGAUCACAAGAGGAUCUCAUACAUUCAUGAUCACCUUUCAUAUCUUUUGGAAGCAAAACGGACAGCCGUUGAUAGGGGUGUCGUUCACUUUGCUGUUAAUGGAGUAACUGAGGAUGAUUGGCAUGUUGUGAAGGAGAUGAGUGAUAGGUAUCCUUCAGUAGUUCCAAAUUUUGGAAUCCAUCCAUGGUUUGUUGCUGAGAGAACCCCUAAUUGGUUGAGAAAUUUGAAGGAAUUCUUUGAUGCUACUCCUGAAGCUUCAGUCGGCGAGAUUGGUUUAGACAAAGGUUCUCGCGGAAGGCAAAUUGACUUUAGUGAUCAAGUAGAAGUUUUUCGCCAACAACUGCAGCUUGCUAAAGAGUUAAAAAGGCCUGCUUCCAUCCACUGUGUUCGAGCUUUUGGUGAUUUAUUUGAUAUACUGAAAUCUGAAGGACCAUUCCCUGCGGGUGUCCUUUUGCAUUCCUACUUAGGCUCUGCUGAAUUGGUUCCUGAAUUUGCUAAGCUGGGUGCUUACUUCUCCUUUUCUGGUUUUCUUAUGUCCAUGAAAGAAAGCAAGGCAAAGAAAAUGUUGAAGUCUGUGCCUCUUGAUAGGAUCUUAUUGGAAACAGAUGCACCUGAUGCUCUUCCAAGAGCUUUUACCGACGAUCAGCUUCUAUCAAUUGAAGCUGGAGAUAAUCCCGGUGAUGAGAACUCUGGUCCAGGAGAAGUUUCAACUUCCAAGGGUGGCAACUCAUCUGACAGUCAGUCCUUGGAAACAAGUCAUAAAUCAGAAGUGCAGCAAGAAAUCCUUAACCAUCCUGCAAACAUCCACCAUGUGCUGGCUUAUGUUGCAUCUUUGCUUGAGAUGACUAAAGAAGAACUUGCUGAAAGCAGUUACCAAAAUGCAGUACGGAUUUUUUCUUAUCAUGGUUCCAAGAGAUAUGGUUAA